CACCCCUAACCAAGACAACAACAUCACCAAUGACGUAAACAUCAACAAAACCUGUCCAACCACGACAACAGCCGUCCAGGUAACCAUCCACGUGGUUCAUGACGUCAUCGAUGACUUUAAAAAAAGUCUGGAGACUUCUCUUCUGUCGUAUGACAUCAUCAUCCAUGACUUGGAAAAAUUAAUAACUGAAGAAAGAAAUGAAAACGAGAGAGUGAAGAAGAUGAAACAUCAAAAGCUUUCAUCGAGACGACGGAAAAAUAGAUUUCGAAAGAGAGAGGAUAGUUUGAACGAUGGUCCGGUCAACAACGUCAAUGUUGAAAACGGUGUUAGUGGCAGAAACGGUAGUGGUAAUGAUACCGGUGGUGGUAAUGAUGAUGAUGAUGUCACAGAAGAAUUAAUAAAUCGUUUGCUGGGUUUCUACCCAACUUGGCCCGAGAUUGAAGGUUGGUUGUUAGAGGUGGCACAAAGUUUUUCAUCUUUUGUCAAGUUGGAAUCGAUAGGGAAAACAUUUGAAGGAAGAGACUUGUACGUGCUCAAGGUUGACGUUGAACGACCAGUGAUGUGGCUGGAUGGUGGGGUGCAUGCCAGGGAGUGGAUAUCCGUUUCAUCUGUUCUCUAUAUCGUUGCCCAGGUUUGUUUCAAAAUACACGCACAACCUUCCAACCUAGCUGUUAUUCAAUGGCACAUAAUGCCUGCUGUCAACGCAGACGGGUACGCUUACACCUUCACCAAAACCUCCGCCAGGCUCUGGCGGAAAAAUCGAGGCAGGCAGGAUGGGUUGAGGUACAGUGCCAAGCACAACAUGUGGUGCCAGGGAGCUGACAUCAACAGAAAUUUCGAUUUCAUGUGGUCCAAUUCCACUCCUCAUAGCGGAGAUCUAACCUCCAUCGACCCUUGCGAAGAAACUUUCAAAGGACCACAUGCAGCCAGUGAAAACGAAACAAUGGCACUUCAAUCCUAUUGGUUGAGACAUGCUGACGUCAUUGGAGGCUAUGUGACGUUGCAUAGUUUUGGUCAGCAGAUAAUGAACAGAUGGUCAUACGCCUUCAUCAAUGAUACUGAUUACUACAAAACGAGGCCUGCGAUAAAGGGAGCUGCGGAAGAAAUUAGGAUGUUCAACGGAGAGGAGUAUGCCUAUGGAGCUGUCUCGGAGAUAUUGUAUUCCUUCACGGGCGGAUCGGGUGAUUGGAUCAGAUUCAACCUGAACCUGACGCACGUGUUCGACAUUGAGCUGAGGGACAAAGGCAGGUACGGGUUCGUCCUCCCCCUCAAAUUUGUUCAUCCCGUGGCCGAAGAAGCCUGGCUCAUUUUCCAAGUUCUCACCUCCAACAUCCUCAAAAAUAUCAAUCUGGAAAGUCGGAAGUAUUAUAAGACCGUCCAAAAACAAGUGGCCAGAGUCAAAUGUUUCGCAGCUGAUUUUAAUGAAACUCUAUUGCAAACGACUGAUUUUUCAAGUGUUUCCAUCGCAACAAAUUUCCCGUCGAUAGCAACAACGUUAACCAAUGCAAAAAUGUUGUUGACGAUGUUGAUUAUACUAAACUUAUUUUUUCCUUGAUUAACAAAUUUAUGUAAAAAUAAUGUUGUGUUAAGUAGUGCAAAUUUAAUAUGCCUAUAAUAACUUUUGUAUGACUUAGAGUAUAGUAUAGUUUACCGCCUUUACUUUAAUUUCAAGUUUAGAGAACUUUAAAAAAAAUUUUGUUUCUACAUAUGUUUGGAAUGAGGUAGCUAUUGCUUGGAAUGAUGAUUAUUUUUAAAUAUUUGGUGAAUAUUCCAUUUGAAUGUAACUGAAGGGCUAAACGAACAUAUUUUAUUGUAGGCUAUCCCUAUAGCACGUUUUUAGUAAUAGAUUUUGUUUUUUAAUAUGAAUAAAAAACUCUUUAAUAUCUACUU